AUGAAUGGUCCAUCUGCCCAGUGUGAGGAAAGAUUACAAGAUGGUGCUGAAAUCCUGAAUUCAACAGUGGCGGCUCUAAAGGAUGGGCAAGUUGUGGCUGUGCCAACGGACACAAUAUACGGGCUGGCUUGCUUGGCUCAGAAUUCCAAUGCCAUCAAAAAGGUGUAUGACAUCAAAGGACGUAAGGGUCAGAAACCACUGGCCAUUUGUGUUGGAGAAAUCAAAGACAUUUACAAGUACUGUAAGGUGUCAGUCAAGGAAGAGCUGAUAGGGGAACUGUUGCCUGGCCCUGUCACUCUAGUUCUGGAACGAGCUGAAGUACUCAACACUGACCUCAAUCCAUUCACUCCGUUAGUAGGAGUGCGCAUCCCGGACCAUGCCUUCAUGAGACGCCUCUGCCAGAUGUGUGGGGAACCUCUUGCCCUCACCAGCGCCAACAUCAGCUCACACUCCAGCACUGUGGCUAUACAUGAGUUCCAGGAUUUGUGGCCCCGGUUAGCAGUGGUGGUGGAUGGCGGACCAAUAGGAGACAAGAGUCGCUUGGGGUCAACAGUGGUCGACCUAUCGGUGCUCGGCAAAUACCGCAUCAUCAGACCUGGCUGUGCCUUCUCUUCCACAGUUGAUGUGCUGGAGCACAAAUAUGGACUGUCAGAAGACACAGGGGAUCAGUGA